CCAAACGCAGGCCCGGCUAUUUUAAAAAGGCAAGGCUACGUACUAAUCACACGUCCGCUAUAGCCCAGACUGACCAGCUGCCGAGCGCAGCUACCUGAGUACCCGACCCGACCCUUCACCUUCAGCAGUUCAGCCUUCAGCUAGCGACCGUCAGAGAAGAUGGAGUCGCCGUCGCCGUCGUCGCUGAGCGCGCUGCGGCACAGGCUGAGGGCCACCGUGUGCUGCUGCUUCGGCCAGCAGGGCGCCGGCGGCGGCGGCCUGAGCGAGCGGAUGCGGUGGCGCCGCCGCGCGGGCGUCGGGGAGUUCCGCUACGACCCGCUCAGCUACGCGCUCAACUUCGACGAGGGCGACCUCGACGUCAACAGCGACGACGAAGAGGACGAGGACGAGGAUCUGGGAGCCCGCGCCCGCCGCGGCGACGGCCUGCUCUACCACAGCUUCUCGUCGCGGCUGUCCACGCCCGCGGCGGUCGUCGAGGUCGCGUAGACGUGUAGCGCCCGGCCCUGCUGGGACCGGAAGGUCCGAUGAGGAGGCCAUGGAUACGUGUGUUUGUUUGCUGCGAUUACGAGUUCUCUCUGCGCGUGCAGUCCGGAUGCUUUGCGUUCAUCGAUCAGUUUUUGGCUCUUGCAGAAUUCACACUAGUAGCAUAUGCGUCAGAUCAGAUCGAUGAAGAAUCAGUAUAGUUGUGUUAGUAGUCUGAUACAUGUAAAAACUUUAGCAUACGUGCUUGAUUCUUGAUUGUUAUAUACUACUAUCUGAUUUGGAGGGUUUUCCUACUUGUUUA